UCAGCUUCAGCAAUGGGCUCGUUCACCAAUCCGGUUCUUCCUGGAUUCAAUCCUGAUCCUUCAAUUGUACGCGUUGGCGAGGACUACUUCUGUGUUACGUCCAGCUUCGAAUACUUUCCCGGGGCGCCAAUAUACCACAGCAAAGACCUCAUCAAAUGGAAGCUGAUUGGACACGCUCUUACCCGCAAAUCCCAGCUCGAUAUCAAAACACCUGAGCCUGGCGGUGGUGUUUGGGCAACGACCAUCCGUCACUACCAAGACUCUUUUUACAUCAUCACCAACUCUUUUGACAGGUACAGGCCACAGGCUGAUGACAGAGUAUGGCCGAGAGGCUUCUAUGUAAAGACCAACAAUAUCUGGGAUGAUAGCACGUGGUCGGACCCCGUGUAUUUCGAUCAAAUUGGAUUCGAUCAUGACCUCUUCUGGGACGACGAUGGACUUGUGUACCUGUCAUCGACCUAUAGAAAGGUAGACCGGGCGCCAGAUUCAAAGUUGAAAGACUUUGGGAUUCACAUAUCAACCGUUGAGCUCGACACCGGUACUCUGACUUGUGCUCCUGUAUUAGUCCGGGAAUCGUCGUCUGGCGUUGCUGAAGGCUCUCAUCUUUUCAAGCGAAAUGGCUACUACUAUCUGUUUACUGCCGAGGGAGGCACCGAAUCCGGCCAUUGCGAAUAUGUGAGUCGAAGUCGCGAAAGCCCUUUCGGUCCGUGGGAACAAGCACCGCAUAACCCUCUCUGGCGAAACACGACCGAGAAUGAGGUUCAAAACACUGGGCACUGUGAUCUGGUUGAAGACACUAAUGGUCAGUGGUGGGCAUUGUGCUUGGGUGUACGGCCAAGAAGAGAAGGAAACGAGUGGCGCACAUCCGUGUUCGGACGGGAAUCGCUCCUCCUACCUGUUCGAUGGGAAGAUGACUGGCCAAUAUUCAAUGAAGGCAAGCCUGUCACCUUGCAAAUGAAUGGUCCCGGAAUGUACACACUACAGGAAGACAAAGUAUGGAAGGAUGAUUUCGCAGGAGAAGAGCUCAGUCUUGGAUGGUACAGAAAGAAUACACCCGUAAGGAAAGACUACUCUUUGACAGAUCGACCAGGGUGUCUGACGUUACAUGGCGGGCCGUAUACAUUAGCGAUGCCUACAUCACCUACGCUUUUCCUCCGGAAACAGAGACAGUGGCCCGUUGUCUGGAAAACCGAGUUAGAUUUUGAACUACAGACCACCCGAGUUGAGGCUGGGACUGUGGUGUGGUGGAACUACACCUGCUUCGCAAGUAUUGGCAUCAGGCUUCGACAACAUGGCAGCCAAACUCAAAAGGUUGUUCGAUUUACACCACCUGCUAAUACUGACGAUCACGUGGAAGAACUCAUAGGAGCUCACGGUCGGGUGAAGUUCAUGGUAGAUUGCACAGAAGGAAGCUAUCGCUUCGGGUUCAAGGAAGUCGAUGUCCAGAGUAACGGAGAGUGGAAAUGGUUAGGAGCAGUGGAUACCCAAGUAUUGACACGCAACCCAGACGUUGGUCAGCCGUUUACGGGUAUGAUGCUUGGGCUGUAUUCCUUUGGCGAGCUGCAACCUGCCCUUGUCCCGGCACACUUCACGUAUGCUGAAUUUGGAGACCAUUUGGGUUGAUGGUAUGGACAAAGUUUCCUUGGGCCAAAUUUUGGGUAGCUAGCAGUGUCUUGGAGAUGUUGCACUCUUCCAGCUCCUCGGAGUAUGUACUGGGUUUCAAUAUUCUCCUGAGAACAAAGAAGAAUACGAUGCAGCUGAACAGAUGCAGAAGCCAUGACAAUGACGAAAGCUGCUCUAGUCUUCGAGAAGACAACGACGUUUGGAGGAAUUUGGGCGUAAAUAGAUUCUGACGUGGCGUAUCAUAACGUGAAGAGAGGAAUAAGUACAUGGUGGGCGUCAGCAAAGAAAACAGAGAGUUUGAAACAAAAAGGAAGCUGCUGGAUAUCAGUAGGUGGUAUGACGAUUGGAAAAAGCAAU